CUAUAUAUAUAUAUAUAUAUAUGAGAAGCCUUCAUUAAUUAUCCUAGCCCGCACGCGUCGUACCCGUAUGUCUUGUCCACGGCCGACCUUUUACACUGACUCGGAUAACUAAAGUCCGCACUUCUACCGUGUAAGACUGGAAUAUUUAUUAGUCUCGUUACUCCUUUGUCGAGCCAGUCAACCUGUCGUCGUACAACAACAAUCCAAUUCACCACACGUCUUGUCACUCAGAAUCACAUUAUCAACAUGGGCUUCAAGAGUCUCAUUCCACCUAGCUCGGUUCGGCCUCUCACGCAGUCCGAGACGAACGAGAGAAAGAAGGUCUUCGGAGUCAUCUCGACUCGUAUGGUAGUCCAACUCCGUGAUGCACUCUCCAUUUCAUCAUGGCUUGCCCUCGGCGCAAUCCUCCAGUCCAUUCUCUUUGUUACGUUCGGCCACCGCGCUUUCAUUCCCGCAGUCGCCCUCAUAGGCUUCCGCAUGAUCAACGCCUUUCUCAUCACCGUGGGCGUCAAAGCCAAUCUCGAAAUGCAGAACACGAUUCUGUCGAAAUUCUCCGCUCAGAUUCCCCAAUCAGACGGCACGUUCAGUGGAAGGCCAGCGGACGGGGAUGUGGUUGUUCUUAAGAUUGGAGCCCGCACCGAUCACCCGCUCGGCCUGUUCGCCCCUGGCUUCAAAGUCCUUGGCGAGUACAUGACAGCCAUGCAAGCCUCCCUCGAAGCCCACGCGACACACUACUCCUACCUCGGCGGCACAUCCUACUCCGGCAUGGAGCGCGCCACCGGCAACGAAUUCACCUACAUCAUGUACUUCAGCACCGUCGAGGGCGUGCACGCCUUCGCACACGACCCCUUGCACCGCGACGGCUGGGCCUGGUGGAGUAAGGCUGCUCACGACCACAUCAUGAUCUACCAUGAGCUGUUCAGAAGCAGGCGUGGCGACUGGGAGGCCGUUUAUUCGAAUACUCGGCCGAUUGGCUUGGCGGCGACGCGGUUUGAGGGGAAGACGGGUGGUGGGACGGUGUUUUAUAGUCCGGUUGUGGAUGCGAAUAGGGGGUUGUUGGCGACGAGUAGGGGCCGCAUGAGUGGUAUGGUAAGGGACGGGGAUCAGAAGUUGCAUGAUGACUUGAAUCGGGGGACGAAGUAUGAGGCAGAGAGGGCGGAAGUUUGAGUUGCUGAUUGCGAAUGAUGAAACCGUUGGAGUUAGCGUUUAGGAGGGGGUUUGCAUGGAUCGGAUGUGGCGUUUAGACAAGGGUGGCUUAUGAGACCAUGCCUCACGACUUCGAACGACUGAACGAUUUAUGCUUUAUGUUGACUCAUCUUAGUCUUAUCGUGUUAAUCAGAUACUCUAG